AUGACGAUGAAUUAUGAAAAUGAUGCAAAUAGAUUAUGGAUUGAUGGAUGUUUUGAUUUUGUUCAUCAUGGUCAUGCCUGUGCCAUGUUACAAGCACGUCAAACUGGGUUAAGAGCUCAUAAGGAUGAAUCUCGAUUAUUUGUUGGUGUUCAUAAUGAUACUGAUAUCAAUUAUAAUAAAGGUGCACCUCCAGUGAUGAAUGGUCCAGAAAGGUAUGCUCAUGCAAAAAGUAUUAGAUGGUGUUCAGCUGUUUUGGAAGAUGCUCCUUAUGUGACUGAUCCUAUUUGGAUGGAUAGAUUUCGUUGUAAAUAUGUGGUCCAUGGUGAUGAUAUUACUUUAGAUGCUAAUGGGGUGGAUUGUUAUCAUGUUAUGAAGAAGAUGGAUCGUUUUAAAGUUGUUAAAAGAACGUAUGGUGUUAGUACGACUGAAAUUAUUCAAAGAAUACUGACUGGGAUUGUACCAGGACCAAAUGAUGAAGAUUAUCGUCCAACAGUAAAUGAAUUAGAAUUCUGUAGUCUUGGAGCAAAUGGAUUUGAUAAACAUUGUUAUGUUUUUGAUAAAAAUUUGAGUCAAGAAUGUCAAGUUGUUGGAGGUGGAUUUGAGAUGAAAUUAGAGGAUACUGUUUUAGUAAUUGGUGAUUUUGAUUUAUUCCAUGUCGGUCAUAUUGAUCAAUUGAGGAAGAUUAAAUUAGCAUUGGCACCAGAUAAAAAGCUGAUAGCUGGUAUCAAGACUCCAUCGGUAUCAUCUGAAUCUGGAAAUACUAUAAUGACAUUAAAGGAAAGAGCGUUAAGUGUUCUCAGUUGUAAAUAUGUGGAUGGUAUUGUGAUGGAGCCAGACUGUUCUAUAACAGAUCAACCUGAUAUAUUUUCGAAAGUUUAUAAGAUGGAUUCUCGAGAAUUAAUCGAUGGCGGUACGUUUAGUGUCUAUUUAACUAAGGAAAUUAUCAUAGGUCGUAUUGAAGGUCAACGUGAUGUAUAUACCAAGCGAAACAUUCAGAAAGGUAUGACUAUGUAA